AUGCGAAAUUCACAAACGUGGGCCUACCAAGUUGCCUGUCUAUCCGCGCAGCCUGGGCUUCGCGACCGGCGCAGCAGACUCAUCUACUCGCAGUGGAAGGUCGUCCGGGUGGCCAAGACCGCAGUUUGGAUUGGCCUCUCUUUCCAGAGUCUUGCGGAAGCGAUGGAGGGUGUGACGUACCGAACCAACGUGGGCAAUCACAGCAUUCCGGAGGACUGCAACGUGUGGUUAGAGGGGCAAGUGGAGCACGUGUCCUUCUAUCUGGAAGUGACCAUGUCACAGGGCGUCGACAAACUGACCUCUGCUGCCUUUCACAGUUCCGGAGAUCUGCGUGUUGUGGCGCCACAAGGUGGCGCUGUCAAGUUCGAAGACAUUGCAGCUGCAGGCUUCGGAGCAGCACUUGCUGCAGCACGCAGCAUUUCGCUUGAAGGAGAGGGCACUAUGCUAUUUGAGAACUUGUGGAGCAUGCAAGGCUCAGCGGCAUGUUCACCCUCCUCAGACGUUACGAGCACUGUAUUUCAUCUGCACGUCCGAAACAGCGCAGCAGAAAUUUCAGGGGGCGCAUUUUAUGCAUUUGGCCGUGUCCAUGUUAGCAGCGAAGGCACCGUGGUCUUCGAGAACUGCAGCUCAGGUUAUCGUGGGGGCGCUAUGGCGUCCCAAGCAGAGAUGAAGCUGUCGGGAGCGGGAUGUUUUGGCUUCUAUAAUUGCAACUCCACUGGAGAUGUCUACGGUGGAGGAGCCGUUUCCGUCCUUGCAGCAGAUAUGGUGCUAGAGCUUGGAACCCAAGGGUCUGUCACUUUCAAGCAGUGCAUUGCGCCCAGUUUAAACGAUGGAGGGUCGGGCGGUGCCAUAUUCAGUGGGCGCAACAUUAACAUCAGCGGUGGCAGAGUCGAGUUCGAGAGCUGUCGUGCCGGAUGUGCAAAAGGCCACGCGCUGGCUGCAGCUAGCGGCAUUGCCCACAUUAGUCAAGGAACACUAGUAUCAUUGCCUGGUAUGGACAGCCUGGCCGAUUCAAUAGUUUAUGCACGCAUCGUUAUUCUGCCAGUGGAUAGCGGCAUUGGCCAGUGUGAGUUGUGUGAAAGCGGCACGGUCUCGCUUGCUCCCUCAACCUUCGAACUUACAGAUGAGGUUGCAGCUGAAGCUGGCGUGCCGCUUGUCCUCGUGAAGCGGACCGAUGAUGGUCGACUUUUGGCAGUGCCUUACUCUUCGUUCUCCGUGAAUAUCCCACUCACCAUUGUCAAGUCGUUGGAUGAUGUUACCGUGAAAAACAAGCGCGAGACAGUGAAGUUCAACAUUGAUGAUCAUGACGGCGCGAUCAGUCCUGCACAAGCACCUGGUUUGGUCAUUGGUAUCGGUCAUGAGGUGACUUACGCCUACCACCCCCACGACCCCUAUUCUGCGUGCUUGCCUUGCCACAAGGUGGCGCUACAAGCAGCCAACAAAGUGCGAUGCCUUGGAGCCACGGCGGCAGUCUCCCAGCCAGGCUACAUGCUCCUGCACAGGCCAGGAGAGAGGAGGCUCCAAGUGCAUGCGUGCCCAAACAGAGACGCGUGUCCCGGAAGCAACCUGAGUUUGACGGGAGAGGGCCGGACGUCGUCUCAUAGCAAACUCUGUGCAGAAGGGUACAGACGCAGCCCAGGCUGCGUGCUCUGUGAGCAUGGCUAUGGCCGCCCGCAGCUCGACCCCUUUGUUUGCCGGCCAUGCGGCAGCUUGUCCUUAACACAGCAGGCAGCCCUCGCCACGGUUUCCAGUGGCGUCUUCUACGCCAUCGCAUUGGCUUCAGCAAGGCCCAAGACCAACACGCAGCAAAUCUUCAAGGUUUUCCUUUCCUUCCUGACCAUUUCAUGCCGCGGUCUCUCUGCACUGCCUUUCACUCUACAUUUUGAGCAGCUAAAGCAAGACAUGUAUGCAACCGCGCGCUCCCUAUCUCGUGGCUUCCUCAUGCUCAAUUUCAUCAUUAGCGCGGAGCCAGGAGCUGGGAUUCACUCUCACGACUGCUGGGGGUUCACGGAUGGCCCCGUGAACCUGUUCUGCGAUUUCUCUCUGACCUGGGCAAUCCCUUUAGGGUUGCUAGCUUUGUCUUUCUGCUGUAUUGGAUGGCAGAGUUGGUUGAAGGUGCUGCUGGUUUGGAGCAAUGUCUUCAUCCCAGUCCUAGCUGGGGCAGCGGCCAAGCUGAUUCCCUGCUUCUCCACGCAGAAAGAUGGAGAUCGUGUACUCAUGUAUGAAGCUCCUUAUGGCACACCCUGCGCAUCCACAAUGGCCACCGUGGCAAAGCUUCCCCGCUUUUGGUUGGCACUGGGGACCGGGUUGGUGCUGCUUCUGCUUGGUCCGAUUUUGUGGCUGUCGCUUGUAAGGCAAGAUGGAGCAAGGGACAAGACGACGGAACGCAAGGAGACCGUGGCCUUCCUGACAGCGGGUUACAAGCCGAUGCUUUGUUGGUGGGAAAUUACGGUCCUCAGCAGGAAGACAGCAGUUUUCGUUGUGGCGACUUGGUUUCCCAUGUCUUGGGCACCCGAGAUUCACUUGAUCUAUUUGCUCAGCAUCGUGGCCGUUGCAGAGUUGCUUCAUGCUACGGUUCAACCCUAUGACAAUGCGUCUCUCAAUCGAUUGGAGGCGCGAAUGCUCGGAGUUUCCUCCUUAUGCUUGCUGUUGGUAGCCUCCUUGUUGGCGAGGUGGCCCUACAGACCUUAUGCCGUCUACCUUGCCACCCUCGUUCUGCUCCUUCUUCUGACGGCGGGUGCGUAUGUCUAUUUCCUCUGCCUCUACAUGUAUUUCACAUUUACAAGGGAGCCGGAGACUGAUGCAGCAGAGGAGGCCGAGGCCUCGGAGGCAAUCUUCUUUGCGAUCUACUGUCUGGAUGUCCUGGUGAGAGUGGUGGUUCUGGGGCGGGAGUGGUACUACGACCCAUUGGAGGGCGUCAUGAUCAUGAAUAUUUUCGACUUGGUCCUCGUGAUCGUCAACGGAUUCGAGGUCAUCCUCCUUCCCACGAUAAUAUCCGGAGGUGACAGCGAGAGCGCCAGUAGCAUCCGGGUGCUCAAGCUUGUUCGGAUCGUGCGCACGCUUCGGAUCGUCAAGACAGUGAACAUGUUUCGGCAGCUUCGGCUAUUAGUUGGUACCUGCGUGGCGAGCAUCGGGGCUCUGUUCUGGUCGAUGGUGCUCCUGUGCUUGUUCAAGUUGGGCUUCGCGCUGGUAAUUUGCCAAGCUUUGCAAGGCUACAUCAUGGAUGAAGCUCAACCCCUGGCAACGCGUCACGAGAUGAACAACCUUUACGGCAACUUCCUGAAAGCACUCUACACCAUGUUCGAGAUCACCCACAGCGGAUCUUGGCCUGCGAAAGUACGUCCAGUUAUUGAGAAAGUGAGCCCCUGGUACGCCCCACUCUUCCUGGGCUACAUUGCACUGGUGGUGUUCGCUGUGAUCAGAGUAGUGACAGCGCUCUUCUUGCAAGAGACCUUAGCAAAUGCCGCGAAUGACGCGGACAUGAUACUGGAGAACAGCCGGCGCUUAGCCAAAGACUAUCAAGACAAGUUGGAGGAGCUGUUCCGUGCGGCGGACAAUGAUGGGGAUGGAAGCCUGACGCCAGAGGAGUUUGUAGAUGCCCUGAGCAUCCCGGGGGUCCAGCGCUAUUUGACUAUGCUGGAUGUGCGAGUGGCAGAUUGCCGUCCGCUAUUCGACAUCCUCGACGACGGAGAUGGUCACAUCACCAUUGCAGAAUUCUGCAAAGGACUGAUGCAGCUCAAAGGCCAAGCCCGUGCUUUGGAUAUUGUCAUGCUCGCACGGGAGAAUGCCAAAGUGCUUCGAGAAUGUCAAGAUAUUCGCAAGGCGGUCGAGCCUUUGGAGAAGUCUUUGUAA